AUGACACCAGCAAAGACGCAUUCCAGAACAAUACCACCACAGGUACCUGUGGACAACGUCCCAAAUCAAAAGCACGUGAUAGGCGUAUGUGCUAUGAAAGCUAAAGCGACUUCAAAGCCUAUGGAGAGCAUACUAAAUAGAUUAGUUGCUUAUAAUGAAAUAGACGUUGUAACUUUCGAUGAGGAAGUUAUACUGACGAAAGAUGUCCAUUCAUGGCCUCACUGUCACACCUUGAUAUCUUUCUUCAGCACCGGCUUUCCGUUGGAUAAGGCUGAAUCAUAUGCAAGACUAAAGAAGCCCUUUUGUAUCAAUGAUCUCACUAUGCAGCGUCUACUCUGGGACCGAAGACUAGUGCUUGCACUUCUCGAUGCAAUAGGAGUCCCGACUCCCCCAAGAAUAAUAGUUAACAGGGAUCGAUGUAAAGUGGAUCCUAGUGUUAUCGAGAAGAUCAAAAUAGCAACAGGUGUCGAAAUUGAUUUGGAUAGCUUUUGUGAGAUUGGGAACAAUCAUGUCGAGAUUGUUGACGAAGACACUGUAAGGAUUGGGGGACAGAUUUUGAAAAAGCCAUUUGUCGAGAAGCCAGUCGAUGCUGAUGAUCACAAUGUGUACAUAUAUUAUUCAAAAGAGAUGGGAGGAGGUGGUAGAAGAUUAUUUAGAAAGGUAAACAACAAGUCGAGCGAUUUUGAUCAGACCCUGACCACUCCGCGUACAUCCGGUUCAUACAUAUACGAGGCAUAUCUUCCACCCGAUAAUUCUUCGGAUGUGAAAGUAUACACCGUUGGCCCCGGAUAUGCUCAUGCAGAAGCUCGCAAAUCGCCUACUGUUGAUGGGCGAGUAGACCGUUGUAAAGAUGGUAAAGAAGUCAGAUAUGUCACACAAUUGACAGAAGAGGAGAAAGAAAUUUCUGGAAGGAUUGUUAAAAUCUUUGCACAAUGGAUUUGUGGAUUUGACUUGUUGAGAGUAAAAGAGAAAAGUUAUGUCAUUGAUGUAAAUGGAUGGUCCUUUGUCAAAGGAUCUGAAAAUUAUUAUGAAGACUGUGCUAGGUUGAUACGAAAUUUGGUUUUGGAAAGAGGUAUGAAGGACGAACUGCAAAACUGUAACGAUAAAUGUACCGCCGAUGCAGCAGACGAGGCUGACGCCUUAACCAAAAACGAUACUGUCGAGGACUCGGAUACACUGAUCGAACAAGACACGUCAUUAGCUGAACGUUCCAACUUGUCAUAUGCUUUUGUUCUUUCGCCUAUUUCAAAUUUUAUCCAUAUCAUCACUACCAAUGGGGUUUCUUCCCUUCUUCUCCAAGCGAAGCAAUCUUUGUCUACUGUGUUGAACUUUACAAUUGAAGCCGUAAAACGACGAUAUGACUAUGUCAUAAAAGUGAUCCAACUCGAUGCGUUUAUUUCGAAAUGGGCGACUACUGUUGAUUCAGCGGCUACGCAGAACGAUGAAACAACAGAGGUUAUGCCGUUUGAAAAUUCUGUUAAUCAUGAUGAACGUGAAAGUUUUGCCAGCCAUAAAGUGGAGAAUGUUGAGUCGGUUGAAAAUGCCGAGAUGAAUGUGCAUACACGAACAUCUAGCUGCUGGGAUGAGUGUUUUGAGAUUGCGUUCAAGCGGGACCAGAAUGACGCGUCAUGGGAAGAGGAAGACGAAGGAUCACAUGGACAAGAAAGCAUUGCUGAUAAUAGUGACGAUGAUGAUAGAAGCGUUGAUAGCAGGGAUAGUGCGGACCAUGAUGUUAGUAGAGCAGAUGACAUAACUGGUAGUUCAAAUGAUGAAUACUGCGAACAUUCUCGGUUUGAAAUGUAUGAAUCGCAAAUUUCAGAGAUAUCACAUCAAAAGUCCCCUCACAUCACUUACUCGGACCAUGACUAUCAACAUUAUGACAAUUGUCCAAUAAUCAACAAGUCAUGGGGAUAG